UCCUGUUUCUGUGACACUCGUGAAUGGAACCAUUGUGUUCCGGAUGUUCUCUGUGACACAGGAACACAUGAGGAGCAAUAAUAAUUUACAUUUUAAAUGUUUUCACAGUGAACUGUUGUCCACGAACCAAAUACUCUCAGCACUUCACGUAAAUGUGAGCAUCAGUGGUUGCACGCGAUGUGUCACCACUGAGAGAGACAGAAAGAGAGAGGGAGGGAGGGAGAGAGACUCAGACCGUGACUGUGUCCUCUUCUUCUGCCGUCACCACUGCAGACUGCGAGGUCAGAGUUUCAUAAACUGUGACUGUGUUGUGAAAAAACACACUCGCCCUCGGGCUGAAUUCAUUUCACCUCCAACCUGAGAAUUCCAUUCCUCAGAUUCACACGUCUGUCUCCCUUUCUCUCCAUGUCUCUGCGUCUCUCUGUUUCCCUGCGUCUCUGUCUCACCCGUCCAACGGUUCAAGUCGUCAAUCACAACCUGGCCCUGUAUGAGGUCAGAGGUGAGCCCACAAAGGUCAAAGUAUAGAAUACAGCCAAGACUCAAAGGAAUAUAAAGAAUUCCCAUCAUGGCCGACCUGGCAUCAGCUCCGCCUGGUCCGUUCUCAGACUCCUGCGUCUCCUCCUCGGCCAUGACGUCGUCCUCACAGAGGUGGACAUAACUGCUGCUGCUGCUGGAUUUACUCUGAGAGUCCGUGUGACCAGAAGGAACGGCAGAGGUCAGGGCAGAGGAAAAAGAAAGAAAGGAGAGGAGUCAGAGGAGGAGGGAGAGAAAAGCAGUUGAGAAAAAGCGAAAACAAAAACAAAACCAAGAAAGGACAAAAAAGUCAAACCAAGUCAGGAAGGAGUAGAGAAAACGCUGGGACAAAGUUUGCAUUCUUCAAACGUUAUCCUGAUGUUGAGCCAACCACGGGGACAAUGAGACACAAAGGACGUGUCCAGACUGAAGGCGACCUCUCGUCCUUGUCCUUGACCUCCUCUGUUGGAUUGUUUAUCACAUAAGAUCAAAACCUGGAGCAUCGACACGUCAGGAGCAUGUUUGGUGGAUGUCGUCCAGAUCGUCACUCUCUGCUAUUCUGGCUCUUGCUGCAGGCAGCAACGCCACCUACAGUUCUUAACUAUUUCCUCGGAGACACCAAGGCCGUACUGAAGGGCUGCGAGGACCACUGGACGCUGCAGGAUCGGACCAGCCUCCCUCAGCUCAACCAGAUGACCGUGUGCGUCGACAUCCGGGUGGUGGUCCCUGGAGCCUGGGUGGCUUUUUCCUACAGCUCUAUCUACGCCCCCAAGCCCGAGCUGGGUCUGGAGGGCGACGAAAAGGCUGUGUACGCCUGGCUGCUGAGGGUCCGCCACCGUUUCCCCAUCAAACUGAAGCCCACGCAGUGGCACCGCCUGUGUUUGAGGAGGGACGCCCACAAGAACUCCUUCAGUCUGGAGCUGGAGGGCAGGACGGUGGCAGAGAGAAGCGUUUACUCCCAGGCCAUUCCUGCGUCCGGGUCCCUGUGGCUGGGCUGUCGUCCCAGGGAUCAACCCCCCGGGCGUGUGAUGGCCGAGGUGGAGCUGUAUCUGUUCAGGAUGUGGGCCGGCACGGGCAACUACGCCCCCUGCGAGGACGGGACCGUGAUUGGAUGGGAUUCUGAGUACUGGGGCGUCACCAGUCCUAAAGCCAGACAGACGGAUGAAGAGCUUCCCUGUGACCCCAGACCGUCCAGACUUUGUAAAGACGAACUAAGAACUAAACCCGUAGGUCUGAGACCCAGACCUGACUGGAGGUUAUCUGAUGACAGCAGUCACAGAGGAUGGAGACCUCAGCCUCGCAGAAGGUUCAGGGGGGGCUCUAAUUGGAGAGGUUGGCCCGACAGGAGGUCCAACAAUGUCUUACCGAACAGACCAGGUCCUCACUGGAGGUCCCCUAACACCGGUCUGAGACCUGGUACAGGCUGGAGGUCCUCCAACACCGGUCUGAGACCUGGUACGGGCUGGAGGUCCUCCAACACUGGUCCGAAAUCUGCUCGCGGUGGGAGUGUUACUAACAUUUUCAUUUCAGGUUCCUCUUCUGCGACCUGUAAAGUCAGUCCACUCCAGUACUGUUCCAGUAACGAUACUUAUUUUUGGAUGGUCCUAAAUGUCCAGACCCAGAAGAACAACAUAGAGAACGAGGCGAAGAAGCUGGUCAAACCGGUGUCCUGCGGCCAGCAUCAGAGUUCAGGCAAUGCGAACUGCAGUAUGAUCCUGAGCUUCAGUCAUGCUGUGUCACCAUGUGACCUGCUGGGAGGCAGAGACUCUAAGCUGCUGCAAGAUGCAAACAGCAGCACAAAAGCGACAAUAGUCGGCGUGGAAAGAGUUGGUCAGUUUUUUGCCACCAAAAUUAAUGUCAACAACAACAGUGUCAACGUCAACAUCAUCAAAGCUCUGGAGUUUCCACAACGUCACACGAAUGUGACAUCAUCAAACAAAAGUUUCCUGACUUGGAGACAAAACACCGAUAAUCAAAAGGUGUUGCUAAAGAUUUUGAUCUUCACCUUCUCCAGCUGCCUGGUGGUCCUGGAGAUGUCUGCUGCGGUGAACGUUUGUUCUCUGAGCCAAAUCAUGCAGCAGAUCUUCAACACAAGUGGAAUCUCAGUUAAAGAAAGUCUCCGACGCAUGGUGUUGUGCGGCUCGGCUGGCUCCACCAGGGAAGCUUUGUUGAGGUCAAACUGGACCUGGGAUUCCACUCAGAGACAGUUCUCUGAGGUCUGCACACAAGAUCAUGAUAUUAAAUGUGCGACGAAUGAGUCGCUCGCUGUUUUCCUAUAUGACAACUGCUCACAGGCAACUUCUCCUGCCACCACCCUCACUCCACGAAGUGACUCCACGAAUUAUUUUGUUCAAACGACAUUUGAAACCACCAAUGGCGGAUCCAUGACAAGUUCAGCUCGACAAAUGGAAGUCACGACGGCACUCGCAGCGACACAACCUCCUGUUCUACCAACAACCAAACCCGACGCAGCUGUGACACCGAGUCACUCUACAGUCGGCGUGACUAAAUCAAACACAGAAACAAUUCUGUCGCAUCCAGGAUACCCGAGCAGCGAGAUGGCUGGAUGGAGCACGCCGCUUUAUACUGACGACUCCAUGUUCACCCAGAUGACACUGGAGCCAAUCACUGACGCGCAGAUCAGCGUCCUCACCACCCAGAACCAGCCAACAACGGAGCAAACAAACAGUACCACGACUGUAGAGUCACAACAGAAUAACACAACGACAACACAACCACCUGCUGAGGCACCAGAAGACCAGAACACAACCACUCAGAACCAGCCAAUGACAGACACAACAAACGGUACAACAGCUGUACCGUCACAACCGAGAAACACAACGGAAACUCCUGACAGUACAACGGCAAACAACACAACUAGUCCUAACCUGCUAACACAAUUGACAAAUGCAACCACAACCACACAGUCUGGAGCCACUGAUGUACAACAGGUCAACUCAACAACCUGGUCUCCCAGUGACACAACGGUAAACAACCAAACAACAGUCAGACCAGUUUCAUCAUCUCCAAAUGACACAACCAGGCAUGAAACAACUACACAAACAACACACAACACAUCAGACAGCACACGCACCGUUAGCCAUGAAACAGCUUUCAAUACGACGACAAACGAAAUGACAAACACAUUACAGCCGGGUGUCACCAGUGCUAGAGAACAACACAACAGUACAGUCACAACAACCAACACGGCUGUUAGUCAGUCUUCUACAAAUAAUGUAACUGACAAUGUUACAACAGCUCCUGCCAACAACCCAACAGUCAACAGCACCAGUGUAACAAAUUACAGCGAUAAUACAACAGGCAACACAGCGGCUACAGCGUCACUAACUAAUAACCACACUGCGGCUACAGCAUCCAACAACCUUACAACAAUGAUCAACAACCAUACAACAACAUCCAACAAUUACACAACCAAUUACAAUUUGACUACAGCUAGCACCAUCAACGCUACAACAACCCCACACAACUAUACAGCAUUCGUCAACUACACAACAACCUCCAACAACUAUACAACAGCCUCUACCAAUCACACAACUGUGUUCAAUCUGACAACCCCCAGCAGUGCUAGUGUUACCACCUCCAGUAAUUACACCACAACAAACCCACUUACUUCCAUAUCUAGCAAUCACACAACAGUCACAAUGUCAAAUGUGACUGUAGUACCGCCGAGCACCUUACUUUACAAUCAGACAGCAAACAACACCACCACCAGUGUGACAACACCGUCAGCAACCACAGACUCUGGAGGUAACGCCACAACUGCAGCAGCUCAUGCUUCGAAAACUACGACCUCCAACGUGGCUAAUAUGACAACGACAGGGGGCGCACUCCUGCCACCUACUGACACAACGACUGUUGAGGACGCCACAACAACAACAACAACAACAACAACAAACAAUCCAACAACUGCAGCAGCUGGUGUGUUUAAAUUACACGUGUUUGAAGUCACAUCCGGUCCAGUCAACUAUUCACUCAAUUUAAUUAUUUUAUUUAUUUAUUUUUACGCUGCAGAUCCAACGUCUACGUCUGUGGCCCAAACCACAAACUCUGAGCAGAGUCUGGAGGCUCUGGCUGACGACCUGCUGGAACAAACAAAGGACGUGUCCAAACUGGACGCCGCUCAGGUGGCUCGGUUGGUUAAGCAGCUGGAGAAGCUUCUGGAAGGUCCGUCAGUCUCAGAGUCUCUGGGACAGAAGGUGGUGCAGGUGGUCAGUAACCUGGUGGAGGCGGACCCUGCAGCUCUGUCUGGAUCAGCCAACAGACUGAUUCAGAUCGUGGACACGGUGGGAAUUAAACUGAGUCUGAGUGGAGACAGAGGAGUUCUGUCGGCAGAGUCUCUGGUUCUGGCUGUCCGUGCUGUGGACGGCACUAACUUCCCAACGACAUCUGUCAACAUCUUCGGCACCAACAGUGUCCAGCUCCGAGCUCUGGGCAGGUCCAGGUCUAAACGGUCUGACUCGGCCCUGGGGUCCGUGGUCCUCCCCCCCGGCCUCACUGACGGUCUCAGUCCGCAGCAGCAACAGCAGGCCAACAGAGUCCAGUUCACCUACUUCAGCAGCACCGCCUUCUUCCAGGAUGAAACCUUGGACAACACAACCAUGGUCAGUCCAGUUCUGGGCUCCAGCGUGGCUAACUUAUCCAUCAGUAACCUGACGGAGAACGUUCUCUUCACGAUCCAGAACCUUCAGCCUGUUCCGGAAAACUUCACUGCCUCCUGUGUGUUCUGGGACUUCUCCGUGAACGGUGACAGAGGAGGCUGGAGCUCCGAGGGAUGCUCCGUGGUCAACAGCACGGCCGAGGCCACGACCUGCAGCUGCAACCACCUGACGUCGUUUGCAAUUCUGCUGGAUUUUCCCAGAGAAGAGAUGAUUGAUCCACGCCACGCUCAGAUUCUCACCUUCAUCACCUACAUCGGCUGUGGAGUCUCCGCCAUUUUCCUGGCCUUCACGUUACUGACCUACCUGCUGUUUGACAAACUGAUGCGAGACAUUCCUGCCAAGAUCCUGGUCCAGCUCUGCUUCUCGCUGCUCUUCCUGAACCUGGUCUUCCUAUUGGAUGGCUGGUUGGCUCUGUACCCAGCCGUGGGUUUGUGCAUCAGCACCGCCUUCUUCCUGCACUACUUCCUGCUCACCUCCUUCACCUGGACUGGACUGGAGGCCGUGCACAUGUACCUGAGCAUUGUCCAGGUCUUCACCCCGUACCUGAGCAGAUACAUGCUGAAGUUCUCACUGGUGGGCUGGGGUUUCCCUCUCAUCGUGGUCAUUGUCAUAAUCGCUGUCAACAAAGACAACUACGGUCUGGUCACAUACGGAAAAUACACAGACGGCACUACAGACGACUUCUGCUGGCUGCGUAAUGACAUCGCCUUCUACGUGGGGGUGGUGGCCUACUUCCUCCUGAUCUUCUCCGUCUGCGUGGUGGUCUUCAUCAUCGUGAUGGUCCAACUGGCUCGGAUCAAGAGGCAGAAUCCCCACAACCAGGCCGCCAACAGGGGGGUUCUGGCCGACGCCCGCAGCAUCACGGGCCUGGUGGUUCUGCUGGGCCUCACCUGGGGCUUCGCUCUGUUCGCCUGGGGGCCGCUCUACAUCCCCUUCGUCUACCUCUUCACCAUCUGCAACUCUUUCCAAGGGUUCCUCAUCUUUGUUUUUCACUGUGCUGUGAAGGAGAACGUCCGCAGACAGUGGAGAACGCACCUGUGCUGCGGUCGACUGAGGUUGGCGGAGAACUCAGACUGGAGUCGAACGGCGACUCAGAGCAACAGACAUCCGUCCAUGAACACCACCAACACCUCCGCUCCCUUCUCCACCUCCAGGAGCUCCUCCGUCAGUGACAGCACCACCAGUGGGUUUGCGUUGGUCGACAGCGGCAUUUAUGACAACACCACCACCGACGUGGUCCUGAACGAAGCCCACAGACGAGCUCUGAACCUGGAAAGAGAGAACUGACCACGGAACAACGGCUACGACGUCAUCACACAGGAAACUGAUCAGAGAACAGUCUGAUCAACAGGUGAAGAUCACAACAAGGUCUUGACCAGACUGAAGACUGAAGUCUCAGCUGAUGCAGUCAUCAGCGAAGACUGCCGGUAGGAAAUGGACAAAGGUCCAAACUGAAGGAGGUCCUAGAGAUUUUAAUGACUGGAGCAAAAAAAGAAAAGAAAAGAAAAGAAAAACAACAAAAAAACUGCUCUGUCGACUGGAUCUUUUGAAAUCAGUCAAAAAAUAUUCUUAUUUUCU